AUGACGCAGCAGCGUCAGCCACCUAGCCCCGACGAGACGGCCUCGCGCAAUGCCGAAGCCGUCACUUCGGCCUGGGGCAAGAACGCCGUCGUCCUUUCCUACGCCGCCCCUAGCAGCAGCAGCUGGCUUCGGCGAUUGGCCGGCAAGGUCGUCGACGAUAAGUUCUUCCCACUGCUCCUCUACGCCGACCCGGAGAAGCUGGACUACAUUCUGCUGUUCGCGGGCAUCAUCGGAGCCAUCUGCUCCGGCUUUCCCUUCCCCUUCCUAGGCAUAUUGUUCGGAAAGCUGGUGGAUGACAUAAACUCGUCAGCAUGCGCCGAAGGGCCUCCUGCGAACCUGGAGUCCAUGGUCCGCAAGAAGGUCAUCGCAGUAACUUGCGUGGCUGUGGCCAACUUCUCGCUCAUCUAUCUCUACAUGGGUUGCUGGACGCUGUUUGGGGAACGCCUCGUCCGCCGUCUGCGCACGCGCUACCUCUCCGCUUUGCUGCGCCAAGAGGCAGCGUUCUUCGAUGGUCUCCCCGCGGGAGAGGUAGCGUCUCGCCUCGAUACCGACCUGCAGACCAUCCAAGCGGGUGUGUCUGAGAAGGUCGGUAUCUAUCUUGCUAGUCUGUCGUACUUCCUGGCCGCCUACGUGGUAGCUUUCAUCACGGAUGCGCGGCUCGCAAUCAUCCUGUUCGCCCUUGUGCCGACUUACUAUGUAAUGGUCAAAGUCGGCAACCACUUCACUGGCAAGUAUACGAACGCCGUGGCCGAUGCCGUGGCCGAUGCCAGCUCCAUCGCUUCAGAGUGCUUGUCCAAUAUCCAGAUCGUCCAUGCCUUUGGCCUAGAAUCUCGCCUCGAAGCUAUCUUUACCGGCCACUUGCUCAAGGCCCAGCCCGCUGCUAUUCGCAACUUCAUCACUGCCGCGUGCCAGCUGGGCUUCUUGUAUUUUGUGGCGUACUCGGCCAAUGCCGUGGCCAUUUGGCAGGGCAGCAUGCAGAUAGGAGACGCCAUCGCUCAGAAAUCCGACUUCACAAUCGGCCAUGUGUAUACUUGCAUUCUAGUGUUGAUUGAUGCCUCAUUCAUCCUUACCCAAGUCUCGCCAUUCAUGCAAAUCUUCUCCUCUGCAGCCGUUUCUGCGCAGAAGCUCUUCGACACCAUCGACCGCACGUCCGAGAUUGACGGGACCUCCGACUUCCACGGCCAGAUCCUGCCCACGUUCCGUGGGAACAUCGAGUUCAAGCAUGUUUCCUUUGUCUACCCUUCCCGCCCAGAUGCGCAGGUUCUGGACGGACUGACUUUGAGCGUCGAGGCUGGGAAAGUCACGGCCAUCGUCGGCUCCUCCGGGAGCGGCAAGUCGACGCUUGCAUCCCUGAUCCCGCGUGUCUACGACGUUACAGGCGGAGAAGUCAGUGUGGAUGGCCUCGGCGUAAAGGAGCUCAACACGCGCUACCUGCGCAGCAACAUUGCCGUCGUCGAGCAGAACCCUGCGUUGUUCGACGCGUCCAUCUUGGAGAACAUAGCGUUUGGGCUUGUCGGCUCUCCCAGACGAGACCACCUGUACCUCCAGCCGGCGCUGCUGAACGGCAGUCUCGAGGGGGCAGUGAAAGCGGCGCAGAAGGGACGCGCUCUCGACCACCCCACAGACCCUGCCGUCCAGAAGAUUAUCGCACUUGUGCAGGACGCGGCAGGCCGCGCUAGCGUGAUGGAAUUCGCGGACAGGCUUGAGCAUGGCCUAGCUACGCAAGUUGGCGUUGGUGGUCGCCAGCUGAGCGGGGGCCAGAAGCAACGCGUGGCUAUUGCCAGGGCUUUGGUGCGCGAUUCGCCGGUCUUGAUCUUGGACGAAGCCACGUCUGCGCUGGAUUCCAUCUCCGAGAAGAAGAUCCAGGCGGCGCUGGAGGAGUCGUGCAAGGGCAAGACUUUGGUGGUUAUUGCUCAUCGGUUGUCGACGAUCAAGAAUGCGGAUACCAUCAUGGCGAUGGCGAAGGGACGGGUCGUCGAGCAGGGUACUUAUAGUGAGUUGUUGGAAAAGGACGGGCUGUUUGCCUCGCUGGUCCGCUUGCAGGAUAUUGAGAAAGAAACAAACAAAGCCGCCGUGGCGGACCUUGUCGACGUGCCCUCUGGCUCGGCCGCUGGAGAUAAAUCUGACAAUGGGCCUUCGGAUAAAGAGCUGGAUGAGAAGGCUGAAAUGGGCGAUAUUGACCUUGAUUCUGAUGGCGAGGACCUCCCUCUGCUCGAGUCAGACCCGGCAUACAAGACUGAAAAGGAGGAAGAGCCCCUCCAGGCCAAACAGCACUCGUUUGUCUCGACUUUCAUCCGCGUCGUAGGGCUCGCUCGUAAGUGGCGCAUCUACAUCUGGAUUGGCAGCAUUGCGGCCAUCGUCGUCGGCGGGUCACACUCGGGCGAGGCGCUGAUAUUCGGCAACAUGAUCGGGGCGAUCAACCCAUGCCGGGAGGAGGCGUUUGUACGACGGGCCGGGAUCGUCUUCUCGCGGCUGUUCUUCCUGCUGGCGGUGGUCGAGUUCAGCGGCGCCGUGGCGCGGGGCAGCGCGUUUGGCUUUGUGGCCGAGAAGCUGGUGGUCAAGACGCGCGUGCUCACGCUGCGCAGCCUGCUGAGCCAGGACGUGGCGUGGCACGAGUCUGCGGGGCGCACGCCCGACAAGCUGCUCGGGUACUUGACGACGGACACGACAAGCCUGAGCGGCAUGACGGGCAGCGUGCUGGGCAUCUCGUUCUCCAUCAUUGUGAGCCUGGUGCUCGGCGUGACCAUCUCGCACUUUGUGGCGUGGAAGAUCGCCAUCGUGUUGCUGGCGACUGUGCCGGUGCUGCUGGCGUCCGGGUACCUGCGCCUGCGCAUGCUGGCCCGCUUCCACGAGAAGCACACAGCCGCCUUCACCCAGUCGGUCGCCGUGGCCAAGGAGGCCGUCGACUGCAUCCGCACCGUCGCCGCCUUCUCGCUCGAGGACCUCGCCCUGCACGCCUACAGACGCGCCCUGCAUGCCCCGUACGCCGCCACCCUGCGCGCCAUCACCCUCGGCAACUUCUGGCUCGCCCUCUCCUACAGCAUCAGCAACCUCGUCUACGCCCUGGCCUAUUGGUGGGGCGCGAAGCUCACGGCUAAUGCCACCUACUCGCAGACGCAGUUCUUCAUCGUCCUCCCCGCCCUGCUGUUCAGCUCGCAGGCGUGCGGCCAGUUCUUCUCCCUCGCCCCCGACAUGUCGCGCGCUGGCGUCGCCGCCCGCCGCAUCCUCGAGCUCAUCGAACAAGGCCCGAAAGGCCCUUUGCAGCCGCCGCCGCCCCCCGCGCAGCCAGACGACAGCGUCACCGCCAGUUUCAAAGCCUACGACGAGGACUCGGCCUCCGACGACGACAACGACGACGAAGAAGCCGCCCUCGGCCUGCCGCUGAAGCAGCUCCCCUCGCCCACCACCUCCCCAACCGCCCAAGGCAUAGCAAUCGCCUUCAACAACGUGCGGUUCAGCUACCCGUCGCGGCCGGGCACCGAGGCCCUCAAGGGGCUCACCCUCAACAUACGCGCAAACACGUUCGCGGCGCUGACCGGGCCCUCCGGCUCCGGCAAGUCGACGGCCUUCGCGCUCAUCGAGCGCUUCUAUGCCCCAGACUCCGGCACCGUGACGCUGGACGGGGUUAUGGCGUCCGCGUCCGCCCGCGCCGCCAUCGCGCUCGUGCCGCAGGAGUGCGCGCUGUUUGACGGGAGCGUGGCGUUCAACAUCGGGCUAGGCUCCGCUGGGAGCCAAGCCCCCACGCAAGCAGAGAUCGAAGCCGCGGCGCGGGCCGCGAACGUGCACGACGCGAUUGCGGCGCUGCCCGCGGGCUACGCGACGCGCUGCGGGGCGCGGGGCAGCCAGUUCUCUGGCGGGCAGCGGCAGCGGCUGGCGAUAGCGCGGGCGCUGGUGCGGCGGCCCCGACUGCUGCUGCUGGAUGAGCCGACGAGCGCGCUGGAUGCUGAGAGCGAGGCGGUGUGGCAGGAGACGCUGGGUCAGGUUGUUAGGGGGAGCGGCGUCACGGUCGUGGUGAUUGCGCAUCGCUUGGCGACGAUCCGCAAGGCGCACUGUAUUUUCUAUGUUGAUGGCGGGGUUUGUGUCGAUAGUGGAGGGCAUGACGAGUUGCUGCGCAGGAACGAGAUGUAUCGGCGCAGUGUGCUGCUUCAGACGCUGAGUUAGAAGGGUGCGUCGAGUCGUGGGAUGAGGUUUAGAGUUGUUGGGUUGACGGGUUUUGGAUGCUUUAUGCUGGCCUACCAUACAUAUAUAGUGUCAUGUUUUCUAGAAUGUAAGUCACCAAGACGAGCUAAGGGUUCUGCUUGCUAGUUAUAUCAGCAUGCGACCUAAUCAUCG